GCGUGGGAAUGCCGGGAAGCGAUCGAAUCUGCCUGGGGUUUCCUUAGACGUCUCGUGCAGCAACCUGCGUGUUAUUGUUUUGUUGUCUUCUCGCCCGCCGCCCCUUCCCCCUUCCCCUCCCUCUCCCCCAGAGGCUGCUCCAAGAGAGAGGCCCGGGGUGGGAGCGAGGAGGCGGCGGCGGCGGCGGCAAGAGGCGGUUCCUUGGACUUACUCAGCGGCCAUUUGCCUCCGCCCCUCGUCCCUUCCGUUCCCUCGUAGCCAGCCGGGAUUCGCUCCCUCCGUAAUCGCCGCUCGGGUCGAGAAGAAGCGCAGCAGCUGGGAGCAACGAAGGCGGCCCGGCGGGCCGGCAGUAACGAUGCUGAGUUUCUUUCGACGAACACUUGGGCGCAGAUCUAUGCGCAAGCAUGCUGAGAAGGAGCGUUUAAGAGAGGCCCAACGAGCUGCAACUCACAUUCCUGCAUCUGGAGAUGCGAAAUCCAUAAUUACGUGCCGAGUCUCUCUGCUGGAUGGGACUGAUGUCAGUGUGGACUUACCGAAAAAAGCCAAAGGACAGCAUCUGUUUGAACAGAUCAUGUACCAUCUGGACCUCAUUGAAAAUGACUACUUUGGACUACGGUUCAUGGAUUCAGCACAAGUGGCACACUGGUUGGACAACACAAAGAGUAUUAAAAAACAAGUUAAAAUUGGUCCACCGUAUUGUCUGCAUCUUCGUGUAAAAUUUUACUCCUCUGAGCCAAACAACCUACGUGAAGAGCUCACAAGGUAUUUAUUUGUUCUUCAGUUAAGGCAAGACAUUCUGAGUGGCAAAUUGGAAUGUCCCUUUGAAACAGCAGUGCAGUUGGCAGCAUACAUGUUACAGGCUGAACUUGGUGACUAUGACCCUACUGAGCACAUUCCUGAUAUAGUAUCAGAAUUCAGAUUUGUGCCUAGCCAAACUGAAGAGAUGGAACUGGCCAUUUUUGAAAAGUGGAAGGAAUACAGGGGACAAACACCAGCCCAGGCGGAAACAAAUUAUCUGAACAAAGCAAAAUGGCUAGAAAUGUAUGGCGUAGAUAUGCAUAUAGUUAAAGCUAGAGAUGGUAAUGAUUAUAGCCUUGGACUAACACCUACAGGAGUUCUCGUGUUUGAAGGAGAAACCAAGAUUGGCUUGUUCUUCUGGCCAAAGAUCACUAGGCUGGACUUCAAAAAGAAUAAACUAACACUAGUGGUGGUUGAAGAUGAUGAACAGGGCAAGGAACAGGAACAUACUUUUGUCUUUAGGUUGGAUCACCCAAAGGCCUGCAAACACUUGUGGAAGUGUGCAGUCGAGCAUCAUGCUUUCUUCCGCCUCCGUGGACCCGUCCAAAAAGGUUCCAGUCGAUCAAGCUUCAUUCGACUGGGGUCACGGUUUAGAUACAGUGGGAAAACUGAGUACCAGACAACAAAGACCAACAAAGCCAGAAGAUCUGCAUCCUUUGAAAGAAGGCCUAGCAAACGAUAUUCGAGGAGAACACUACAAAUGAAAGGAAAUGCUACUAAAUCUGAAGAAACCAGCCUUCCAAAUAAUGUUUUAAGCCAAAAUAAUGGAUCACAGCAAAACUGGAAUACAGUGCCAGCCUUGCCCUCUGUAACAGCAGUUCCUCCUGGCCCAGUAUUAGUUGAAAUAGAAAAUCUUCCAAGAAGCCCUGGAACCAGCCAGCAAGACAAGAAAUGGCCCCAUGAUGCUGGUGACUGCUGUCAACGUGGUGGAAGUGCAUGGAACGAAUGGUCCCCACCCUCAGCACACUCAGUGGAUAGACACUACAGUGACUUUGUCCGUGAGCGCAAUGUGAAGAAUGCGGGAAUAUACAGACAGGCUUUUGGCUAUGUAGUCCCGACCACCGUGACUGACCUGUAGGACUAUAUUUAGAAAGCCUUGAUUGUCCUGUGGCACUCUGAAAACUUUAAUACUUUGAAAGGACAUGGAAAUGGACAGGACUUUUAAGGAAUUAACCCAUGUGCUAGAACACCUGAUUAUGAAGUACAGUGCCUGUUUGCAGAGAUUUCUCUUUAAAUAUAGAUUCCUUGCCAUUGGUAUUCUUGUAUUAAAAAGAAAAAAUCCUUUGUUUUACUUGAUGAAAAGGGAUUUUAAAUGGCUUUCCUGGUGGUAACUGCUGCAUAUCCAGCCCAUAGAAACAAUAUUUCAUUCAAGUACUGGAUACAAGUAAUGGUUUAUGUAUAACUUGAUAUUUUUUAACAAUUUUAUACACUGAAAACAGAGGCAGAAGCAUCUGGCAGAUGAAGGCUGCUCUUUUUAUAUUUCUGCACUUUUAAUAAUGUGCCUGAUUGGAAAUGAAGUAGAAUCACACUUUGGAAAUAAAAAAUAAUUUCAAGGAGA